AAAUAUGAAAUGGCAAAACCCUAAACCCUAUGAUUAAGAAACUAGUGGAGUGCUGGGUACACUGCUGCUGCUGCUUCUAGACCCUUCUUCUCUCCCAUCUCUGUUCUGGAUUUCCUCCUCUUUUAAAACACAGACCCUGCAACCUUCCUAUUGUCACCCCAAAGCUUCCACUUUUAACAUUCUUUUCUCAACCUUUGUCCUCCCAAACUAAUCAACAUGUAUCGUUUUGCUUCAAGCCUCGCUUCCAAAGCUAGGGUUGCUAGGAAAACUACACAUCAGAUUGGUAGUAGACUGAGUUGGAAUAGGAACUAUGCAGCAAAAGAUAUUAAAUUUGGGGUUGAAGCUCGAGCUUUGAUGCUUAAAGGUGUCGAAGAGCUUGCUGAUGCUGUUAGAGUAACCAUGGGUCCUAAGGGACGGAAUGUGGUUAUUGAACAAAGCUAUGGUUCCCCCAAAGUAACUAAAGAUGGUGUAACUGUUGCAAAGAGCAUUGAAUUCAAAGACAAAGUCAAGAACGUUGGUGCGAGUCUUGUGAAACAAGUUGCAAAUGCCACUAACGAUGUAGCGGGUGAUGGGACUACCUGUGCGGCCGUGCUUACACGAGCAAUAUUCACAGAAGGAUGCAAGUCAGUUGCUGCAGGAAUGAAUGCAAUGGACCUGAGGCGUGGCAUAACAAUGGCAGUUGACACUGUUGUGACAAACUUGAAAAGCCGAGCACGGAUGAUUAGCACAUCUGAAGAGAUAGCCCAGGUUGGAACAAUAUCUGCUAAUGGAGAGAGGGAAAUUGGCGAAUUAAUUGCAAAGGCCAUGGAGAAGGUUGGCAAAGAAGGGGUGAUAACAAUUCAGGAUGGAAAAACGUUAUUUAAUGAGUUGGAAGUUGUUGAGGGCAUGAAGCUGGACAGGGGCUACAUAUCUCCAUAUUUCAUCACCAAUACGAAAAACCAAAAAUGUGAAUUAGAUGAUCCUCUUAUCCUAAUUCACGAGAAGAAAAUAUCAAGCUUGAAUGCUGUUGUGAAAGUACUAGAGUUGGCUUUAAAGAGGCAAAGGCCCUUGUUGAUCGUUGCUGAAGAUGUAGAGAGUGAAGCACUUGCUACACUCAUUCUUAAUAAGCUUCGUGCUGGAAUCAAGGUCUGUGCCAUCAAAGCCCCAGGUUUUGGAGAAAACAGGAAGGCUAGUCUGCAUGAUCUUGCUGUCCUCACAGGAGGGGAGGUUAUAACUGAAGAACUUGGCAUGAACAUUGAAAAGGUGGAUCUGGACAUGCUUGGAACUUGCAAAAAGGUUACGGUCUCAAAGGAUGACACUGUUAUUCUUGAUGGGAAUGGUGACAAGAAAUCCAUUGAAGAAAGAUGUGAACAGAUUAGGUCAGCAAUUGAAUUGAGCACCUCUGAUUAUGAUAAAGAGAAGUUGCAAGAGAGAUUGGCAAAGCUUUCUGGUGGUGUAGCUGUCUUGAAGAUCGGAGGAGCUAGUGAAGCUGAAGUUAGCGAGAAGAAGGAUAGAGUUACAGAUGCAUUAAACGCUACAAAGGCAGCUGUAGAAGAGGGUAUUGUGCCAGGUGGUGGUGUCGCUCUUUUGUAUGCAUCGAAAGAGUUGGACAAGCUACCUACGGCCAACUUUGACCAGAAGAUCGGUGUUCAAAUUAUCCAGAAUGCUCUAAAGACACCUGUGCACACAAUUGCUUCAAACGCUGGAGUCGAGGGAGCCGUUAUUGUCGGUAAACUGUUAGAGCAGGAUAACCCUGAUCUCGGGUAUGAUGCAGCUAAGGGUGAAUAUGUCGAUAUGGUGAAGGCGGGAAUCAUUGAUCCAUUGAAAGUAAUAAGAACUGCUUUGGUUGAUGCUGCAAGUGUGUCCUCAUUGAUGACAACAACCGAAGCCAUUGUAGUCGAACUUCCCAAGGAUGAGAAGGAUGCUCCGACAAUGCCCGGCGGUAUGGGGGGCAUGGAUUAUUGAGGUUAUUCCUCCUAAACAAUACACUGAUUGUAAGCGCGUUCAUCUAACAUUUUUUUUUAUUUCCUCCAUCCCAACAUCUGAUGAAAGGAUAUAAAAAUCCGAGUUUGGGUUUUUAAAUGUGGGAAGGAUUCUAUUUGUAAUCAUAAGGAGAGAUAUCAUGUUGGUUGUUUCAGUGAUAAAGGGCCAAGAAAACUGUCUGUUUGUUUGCUAGGAGGAACUGGUUUUGUAUUGAGCCA